AUGAACUUUGUAGAGUCCUACUUCAAAAGAGCCGUCUUGUACGAUUCGAAUUCUAAGCGAAAGACGGACAUUGACAAAGCCUUAACUGAGAUGGUUGCCAAAGAUGUGCAGCCCUACAAUAUUGUAGAAAAUGAAGGGUUUGUACAAUACACUCAGGUAUUGGAUCCUAGAUACAAACUACCGAGCAAGACACACUUACGAGAUGUGCUUAUGUUAAAUUAUUUCAAGGAAACCUCUGCCAAGUUAUCAGUAAUACUUCAAAAUGUUUCGGAUAUAACUAUUACAUGUGACUUGUGGACAUCAAGUGCCAAUGCUAGUUUUUUGACUUUGACGGGUCAUUUUGUUUAUAAUCACGACUUAAAAACAGCAUCAUUGGCUACGAAAAAACUGUUAAGCACAACUAAUCACUGUUCGCAAAACAUUGCAGAUACAUUGCGAGAAAUAUUUAUUGAUUGGAACAUCCUCAAUAAAACGGUAUGCAUUGUAACAGAUAAUGCCAGCUCCAUGCUUAAAGCAUGUGAAAUAUUGCAAAUUAGCAAUUUGCCAUGCUUUGUGCACACUAUUAAUCUGGUGGUGCAAGAUGCUUUAAAAGUUGAUGACGUAGUACUUCAAGAUUUAUUUACUAAGUGUAAAUCAAUUGUUCGAUUCUUUAAAAAAAGCACUAUAACGAAUGAAAAAUUUAAAUUAGCUCAAGAAGUCUCGGCGUAUACUUUGUUGCAAGAAAUACCCACUAGAUGGAAUAGUUUCUAUUUCAUGAUUGAGCGUAUUUUAGAAACGAACGAUGCCAUUGCCAAAGUCUUAUUAUCAACGACAAAUGCACCGCAGCCAUUUACUGCUGAGGAAAUACUUGCGCUAAAAGAUAUUGAAAAGGUAUUGGCUUUCUUUCAGCAAGCAAGUGAGAAAAUUUCUGGUGGAAAGUAUGUAACCAUAUCGCUAAUUAUACCCAUGGCAUAUGGACUUUUCCGCAAAAUCGAUAGUGUUUCACCUCUGCUACAAACUUUGCAAGGAAAAACUAUGACAAAAAUAUUAAUGGAGUCAAUAAAGAAACGCCUUUCCAUAUAUGAGCAAAGGACAGUCUGCAUGAUGGCUACGCUAUUGGAUCCACGCUUUAAAAAAAUGGAUUUCAACACAGCUCAAACGCUGAACUAG